UUUACAUUCGAGUCCUUUAAAUAUUACAACUUCUCCCAGGAUGGGGAUGAGGGUUGUCACGAAAUUUAUUUAGCAGAAAGCAGGAAUGAGGACAAUUCGCGGGUUUGGGGGAGGUGAAGGACCACAGUCAGAUACACAGAGGUGUCGAAAUAUUUCUGAGGCUGCGUCUGGGAGAAAUCCCUGGCCUGGGCGCUGGCACUGAGCUGGACUCCAGCAUUUCCUGGAGGUGAUUUGCUGUGGUUGUAGUCUGCUCAGGAACUGGGGUACCUCUUUUCUUGGGAGGGAGCUCCUCCGCAGCUUUGGGUACCAUGUGGGAAUCAGGCACCACCCCGGGCUUGGAAACAGGUUUGGGGCCACGGCUGAAGGUGAGCAUCUGCCUGGGUUACAGCAUUACAGUGUUGCUUCCAGGAGAAAAUUUACCCCGGAGCAUGUCCUUCAUGAGGACAGGAACCUUCUAUCCCUUACCCCGAUAAAUCAGGCAGCGACACUUCCCUGCUUUCUUCUGGCCGGGUGUCUCCAGAGACCUCCCCAGACUCGAUCACAGGUGCUGCUAGAGGCACUGGGUGCCCUGUGCUCUCUGCUGGGUUUCCAUCAGCUGGAACAGCCGGCCAUCAGGACUGGGGGGAGCCGCCAGAACACAGGAGAGGGGCAUGAAGCUCAACGAGAGACAGCACCAGGGCCAUCCACUACCAGGAUGAUGGGUUUGGCUGUCUGCCAGCAGUGGGGAGAAGGUUUGGGAGCCUUUUCUGAGCUCUGACUUGACUAUGUUUCUUUUCAGAGUAAAGCAACCCAUUCAUCGCUGAUUAGAGAUGAUACCAUGAAAGAGCCCUUCCUUCUUGCCAUCCGCUAUGAAAGUGGCUGUUUAUGGCUUUGGGGUGAGUUGGGGACUUUUUAGAGGGAUUCUGCUGGGAAGAGAAAACAAACAAGUCUGAAACAGCGGCAUACAAAGCUCCCCUUUCUGCAGCUUCAGAAGGCUUUUUUUUUUUUUUUUUUUUUUUGGUGGGUACAGAGUGAUAACCUCGGCUUGGGAGUCCUUAUAAUAAAUAGAUGGGUAAAGGAGUUCCUGGGCCUUGCCAAGCCCCGGUGGGAACAGGCCGUAGGGGGAAUUAACCGGGAAGUCCCUGCUGGAUUUAUCCAAAGCCUGUUGAACUGACUGACCACCUUCCGGGUGAACUGGGGUCCUCGGAUCUGUGGGAACCUCAGCCUCCCUUGGCACUGCUACUUCAAUUACCGGGACACGGCGAGGUGUUAGUGAGCAUCAUUGAAGUUACCUGCUAUUCUGCUGUUAAAUUCCCAUUUCGAGAAGUUUAGAGGGUCUUUAAGGAAUUGCUUAAAGGCAGGAUAAAGUUUUGAAGCCAUUUCUCCUUGGGAAAACAUUGAAUGUUUUGGGAAGAUGGAGUGGCAAAGGCAGAGCCCCAGGGGCAUCUAGGAAUUAGAGUGUCCCUAGGGAGCAGGGCAAGGAGGCGGCUCUCACCCUCCGGGACAGGCAGGGAAAUAGGUGAGAGAUGUUCUUGGAAAGGACAGAGCCUCACCACAGAGCAGAGACCGUAGACAACUGGCUUCCAAAAGAACAUUCCUCUUUCCAUAUCCCUCUCUUUUUUAUUCCCCUUCCUCAUGUCUGACCUGAAGCCAGGUAGGUCAGCUAUUUCUCUUUGAAGCUGAGUUUCUUGUUGGUUGAAUUGUUCUGAAAGCAGCAUCGCAUCUGAUUGAUGCCUGGGCUGCAGCUGACAGGGAGAAUUUUCUGUGUAUCUCUCUUCAGUCCCGUUUCUAUUUCUCUAUCCUUUCUUCUUUCACUGGCAGAUUUUUUUGCCCCCCUCUCCAGUUCAUACCAUACCCUCAAUUUAUUUCCCUUUGCUUAUUGAUAAUAUUAAAUCCAUCCUCUGCAUCAAUUUGGAGUAAAAAACAACCAAGUGCGGAGGGAAGCAUCAUGUUCUAGUUUCUUGCACACCGGGAUUGCGCAUUUUUGCCUUGUGAUUCUGCACUUCCAUAAACAAACAAACACACACAAUUUUAUGAGCACAAUCUGUGUUGAUUUUGCUCCAGCAUCCUUAGCGUGAAUCACUGUUCCGGGAUGAGAAGGGAGAUGUUUUAAUGCCUUUUUGAACUAUCUGAGGGUCGGGCCCGUGAAGGCUUGAGGGAAGGAGGAUUUAGGCUGAUUUCCACCUGUUGGUUCAGCAAGACGAGUGGGAUCUGAAGGGUUGGAUAAAGCACGUUACAUUCUACAGCUCCUUAUUUUUAUGCCACAUCCCGAAGCGUUUAUGUGUGUAAUUAACCCCCAGCAGGUUUCCAGACGAUGUCCCGUUCUAGAGGCGCUGCCUCCUCUCCCCGCCCGGCCACCGCCCGCCUGCGCGCUGCCCCCGGUAGAUGGAGCAUCCUCAUCGCUUUUCGCCCGAAGCCCUCAGAAAUGUUGGCGUUUCCCUCAGAAAUGUUGGUCUUUCCAUCAGAAAUGUUGGUGUUUCCCUCAGAAAUGUUGGUCUUUCCCUCAGAAGUCCUGCAGUUCAGGCAAACGGGUGGUUUGGGGGCACGCGCGGCCCACCGAUGUGUCCCUGGGUGAGCGGAGCUCCGCGGCCGCUGGCGAUAAGGCCGCCCGGCCGGCGCUGCGUUUGUUCGGCUGGGUGAACGGGCUCAGCUCUUUCUCCCGACCGCCGAAGCUGCUUCGGGCUUGCCCGAUUACCCCGACUGCCAGCAGCCCCGGCACGAAGAGCGGUGGGCAGGUGGCACCUGCCGCCCUCCCCGCACCCUUGGCCGGGGCUGAGGUGCCCCGGGACGCGGGGGCUGCCCCGCAGGGCGUGGCCGGCGCUCAGGGGCAGCGCCCGCCGGUCAGCGGGGCUUUGGCCCCUUCAUCCUUGGCAUUCUGAAUAGCCCCGCUAGAAAGAAUAGAUGCACUCUGAAGCCGGUUUACCCAGUUUAAACAAUGAGUGACAAGGUUUUGAUCAACUUGGACAAAAUUCUGGUCAAGCUUGCUUCCCAGAUAGAAAAAACUCGCAGUACUAAGAAAGACGUGGAUCAUCAGAUAAAUUUGUACACUACAAAAAUCACAGAAAAAAAGAAUCAAAUUUCUUGGUUGGAGGAAAAUAUAAAAAAAGGCAACGAGGCAUUUGAUGAUUUGCAAAAGCAGAAUGAGAGCUGCAAGAAGAUCUGUAAUGUCUGGAAGCCCACCUAUACAAUUCUUAAAAAACAUGGAGAAUAUUUGAAAAAUGAAAUUAAAGCUUUAGAGGAAGCUACAGAAAAUGAGAGGAAAAUAUAUGAGGAUUCCAUAACCCAGUUUAGAGAGAUCUUGGAGGAACACCGCAAAAAAUAUACAGAAACUGCUCUUGCCAAGAAGUAUUACCAAAAAAGGAAAGAAGUUGAAGAAAUCAAAGAGAGGGUUUUGAAACGCCUUGAAAAAUACAAAUGGAAAGAAGAUACUUGCUUGGAUACUCUGGAGGCUGUUCCUUUUAUAUCCGUAAAUGAUUGGGCUGUACACAUUGCAUCUAUGAGGAAAAAAACACAGGAAACCUUGCAGCUCACUGAAGCUGCUGUGCAGGAAACCAUCAAAGUGGAAAAAGAAGCAGAAGAAUUACAAAUGAAAAUUGACUGCUUAAAAAAGGCAACUACCUUCAAAGAGACUAAAGAAGAUCAAAAUAAUUCUGAAAAGAUUGAAGGAAAAAACCAGAAAAGUCAUGAGAAGCUAGAAGAGUUUACAGAAAGGGUGUUUGAAGAGCGUGAAGAGCCAUCUUUGCCAAAGAAGAAACAUCAGCUGUACAGAGCAUUGCCUGUCCCUUGCGUUUCUCGGAAAUCUGUCCAGUCUGCAGGGAGUUUUAGAUUUCAGAAACGACCAGAAACAGGGAGAGAAGAAAAAGAGAAACCAGUGGCCACCAGCAGUUCCUCCAGCCUUACAAAAAAUUUAUCACAGAUGGUUAUUGACACUGCAGGGACUAAUAAACCACAAAUUGCCCAUGUUCCAGCAAUAGUAAAUGUACAAAACCAAAUGAAAUUCAGACUGUCAGAUCUUCCAGAGCAGCUGACUUCCAAUCAACAGUUUGAGAGUGAAAAUGCAGUAAUGGCAAGCCAACAGGCCAAACAUGUCAAUGAAGAAGCAGAUGAGCACAUGGACUGUUCGUAUGUACCUCAAGAUGUGCAUACAGGUUUUAAGCCAAAUGAAGAUAAUACCAACAUAGCAGAAGGAAGUGCAGAACCUUUCUUAAAAGCACCUAAAACACCUGACUUAUCGGGGAAAAACCUACACUUCUCAAAAAUACCUCCAUUUGACUCCAUUCAAAAUUUAGGUUGUGAAGAAGGAACAUCAAAAUCUCCUGCUUUCUUUUCUUUCAUGAACUUCUCCCAGAAGUCACCGGGCUUUAAUUUAUUUGAUUCUUCUCUGUUUGGAGCACAAAGUUCAUCUGAUGAGACAGAGGGAAAUUAUUCUGUGGGAAAACUGAGCUCUCUGUCCCCACACAAAGAUCUUGGAAGUUUCUUUGGGAAACCAGAAAAUGAGGAUGCAUUUACCUUUCCCUUCCACUCGGAAUCAACUUCUCAUGCAUUUGGAGAUGGAAAGGAUGACGUUGGUUUUUCAUUUGCAUUUGGACAGGAUCAGAGAUCACCCCAGUUUCCUUCUAUGGGAAGUUUUCAUUCUUCCAUACAAAAUACAAAGCCAUUUACACUCUUUUGAA